GUCGGGUGGAUCAGCGAUAGGGCGUGUGUACGUUUCCACAGCAGAAUUUGUUUGGGUUAGGUUUUAUUUCCUCUUCUCGAAUCCUGUCAACUACAUGCUUCAUCUGCAGGGAAUUUAUGUAUCUGUUUGGAUGCAAGUGUCGUUAUAACCUUGACAAUACAGAGUAAUAAUGCAUUCACUGCUGUUUCACUGCUGUCCACAAUUUGAGGCCCAGUAAACGGCUGACCAUCCCAUGCAAAGAGCGAAUACGAACACAGAAUUCAGAUGUGCUUCAAUGCACAGUGGCCGUAUACAUUCAUUACAACAUGGCGGCCGAUUGGAUAAGUUGAUGGCAGCAUUUUUGGCAAGAUACGUUGGACUGUUAAUCGCAAGGAAACAAGACGUGAUCCCUACUGAAAGGUGGCAUUUUCCACGGGGGUUAAUCCAGCGAAAUCAGGCGGGAUAUAAACGACUUAGUCAGGCGGAACAAGCGGUCACUCCGAAGAAAAUCAAAUCAACUUUUGCGUCUCGCAAUGCAAGAAUUCUAAAAAUACUGCAACAAGUUACGAGUUUCCACACUACGGGGAACGUACUCAAUCACCGUGAAGCCGUUGGUGCUCAGUGGGGCUCCAGCCAACUUUCAUCGGCCCUGUGCACAAAUUCCAGUUGUUGGACAUGCCGUUCAAGAGCCUUCCGAGCACUGCCCGCUUCCUCGUCGAUUUAAAGCUCUAGAUGGAUUGUCAUAAAACAGUUUGGUUUCCAGACAGGACUACCAGAGCUUACCGCAGAAUUAAUCAAAACAAAGAGGGCGCACUAUUGUGGAAGCUGUUUACAGGAUCGAGUGACGUCACCAGUGUUGUUGGUUUGUUGCAUGCAUUACGUGCAGACUACUUACUACACAGUACAUGGCAGAAUCGACUUCAGUAAAAGUGGAUGUAAACAAGCAAGGAUCAGAAUCUGGUGACAGUCCAAAACCCAGUGCCAGAAUGGCCAAACUUUUGAGCAGGACUCGCCUUGUGAGUUACCUGCCCGGUCUGAAGGCAUUACAGCAGCGAGUAGCCUCUGUCUCCAGCAGUCAUGUUACAUUGUCUUAUAGUGGUGCUGAAGGGAGGCAAGCUGGAGAAGAUUACCAAUUUACCGUCGGCUCUUCAAGUAUUUCCGACAAAGACCUUGGUCCCCUCGGCCCCGUCAAUCCACGGUUCCCUCUCCCCGGUAACACAGGACUCAAUAACACCUCGUACGUGCCGGUAGCACGUAGAGUUCCAGAUAUUUUAACGAAAUCCUUACCUCAAGAUCGUCACGCCAGCAUCCUGUCGCAAUUUGUGAACACUGUCGCAGAGUCGCAAGAUGAUGACAUCACGAAGCAAAUAGAAGAGCUAAGAAACCAUCCUGAAGCUCUCGAGUGCAUUUCACAGGACUGUCCUGAAAACCUUAGGAAAGAGUUCUUGAAUUUGUUUCCCGGGAUUAGUAUAGAAAGUACUGAUAAAUUCACAGUUGUAACGUUGUGUCAGAGGACAAGAAACAACAUGACGGGUUGGAGCAACGAAGUAGAAGAGGAGAGAAAUCAACUCCUGGAAACGUUCAUCGAGAGUGCAAAGGAAAUGUGUCAAGUCCUUACAGAGGCCGGCUAUUGGGCAGACUUCAUCGAUCCAUCAUCAGGUCAAGCGUAUCUCGGCGACUCCAAUCCGAACACGUCCCUCUUCGAAACGGACGAAAGGUAUCGCUCUCUCGGAUUUGAGAUCGAGGACUUGGGAUGCUGUAAAUGUAUUCGACACUUCAAGUGGGGAACUCACACCUUCGUCGGAUCGAUUUUCACCAAUGCACCGCCAGAUAGUUCGCUUAUAACAACCAUACUUAAAGAUAAACUAUAAGAUAUUAUUAUAUACUGGAUUGGGAAAGGAUAAAAACAGCAUUGUUGAAUUUUAGUAAGGACGCUUACUGAUGGGCCAAUUUUUGCUGUGAAAUAUUUCCAUCUGAAACGCAUUCUCUUAUUCGAGAAAACUGAAAACCUAAGCAAAAAUCGGCAGCUGCUUUCAGUUAUUACAACCAAAGUUAAGGACGGUGUGUUUUUACAUGCUGAACAUUGUACAUGGUUUUUCACUAUUUUCUGAUGUCUCACACCAGAUUCAGCUCAAGUUUUCAAACAUUUGUAAGUCCAUGUCGUAAUAUGAAUAUUAAUUUUGGUUUUUACCCAUACACCGAUGUGUGUUAGCACUGUAUGCUCAGUACUAUCCCAAGUCCU